AUGGAAUCCCAACCUGCUCUUCGUCGCGUCGAUGUAGCUUCUCUCAAAGGGAUGCCAAAACCGGCGCAGAAGAUCCGCUUUGACUCUGAUGUCGAAGUCUGGCGUACAACUAGAAGCUAUCAAGACUAUUCUUUAUUUUUACACCGUUUGACUGAGGCCGUCGUCGGCCAAUUCCUUCCUCUGGCGAAUCCAACGCAAAGUUCGGCUAUCCUGGGCACAAUUGGCGCUUUGGAUCGCCUGGAUCGCUGGAUAGACGAUAUUCCGCCUCUCGAUAGCCCCCAAAGGUUUGGUAACCUUGCCUUUCGCAAGUGGGGAAAGCGACUCGAAGAGGAAGCCGACGAUGUGUUAGGUACCUUGUUACCCAGCGACUACGCAGCGGCAAUACCCCAUUUGAAGCCCUACCUCCUGGCUUCAUUUGGUUCCUUCACUCGAAUGGACUACGGGACUGGUCAUGAAGCAUCCUUUGCCCUCUUUCUCUGCUGCCUGACUUUACUACGAUUCUUCCAACCUACAAUGGACGAAGAAAAAGACCUCGUGCUUCGUGUCUUCGUCCGGUAUUUACAACUCUGCUGGCGACUCCAAGAUGUCUAUCGCCUGGAGCCGGCGGGCAGCCACGGAGUCUGGGGACUGGAUGAUUCAUCCUUCCUCGGCUAUAUUUUCGGGAGUGGUCAACUCCGAGAUCAGAAUGAAAUACCCGUUGCCGCAGUUCUGCAUCCCCCGUUACCAGCCACCAAUUUAUAUUUUAUGUCCAUCAUGCGCAUCCAUGAGGUUAAGCGAGGACCUUUCCACGAACAUUCUUCCCAGCUUUAUGCCAUUGCAACGGGCGUGCCGAACUGGAGAAAGGUCAAUUCAGGGCUGUUCAAGAUGUACGAGGCCGAGGUUCUCGCGAAACGCGUCGUCGUACAGCAUAUCCCCUUGGGCGGAAUCCUUGAAUGGGACGCCAUACCUCCUUCAGCCAUGGUCCCAAACAACAGCACCAGGGCGCCGUGGUUAUCUCCGGCAGCUGAACUACUCAGUGCACCAAUGCCGACUGGGUGGUGGUCGACUCCCACUCCUCGUGGUUCCAGUGGAGGUGUGGACUCUGCCUCAAGUGUUGGAUCUGAUGACCCCCGCAAUAGAGCCGCUCGAUCGACACCUAGCACACAUUUCGGGGCCCCACCUUAG